AUGAAUUUCUACCCCGUCCCCCCGGUCAUCCAGGCGAAAAUCUAUGUCCGCAUUCCAAACACCCUUCGAUGCACCGGCCAACCAACGGAAUGGCGUGGCGGAUCGGCCGUCCCUACCUCUGAAAUCUUCCUGGAGGGUCCAACAUAUGUUACCAAUGGGGAUCUCUACCUUGUUGAUGUGCCAUAUGGCAGGAUUCUCAAAGUGAACGUUGCAAGACAGGUAACGGAAUGUGCGCGGUGGGAUGGCGAGCCCAAUGGUCUUGCCGUGAGGAAGGACGGAUGUCUUGUGGUUGCGGACUAUAAACAAGGACUCUUGCUCUUCAAUCCAUCCACAAACUCCAUAUCGCCUCUACUCACCCGCCGGAAUCUCGAACGGUUCAAAGGUCCCAAUGAUUUGAUUGUCUCAUCUACACACGACGUCUACUUUACGGACCAAGGACAGACAGGGAUGACAGAACAAACCGGAUGCGUUUAUCGGCUCUCGCCUACCGGCAAGCUUGACUGCCUGGUCUCCAACGGCAUUUCUCCAAACGGACUAGCUCUCUCGCCGGAUGAACGCUUUCUAUAUGUCGCCAUGACCCGGUCCAACGCUGUAUGGCGACUUCCUCUUCACGCAGAUGGGACAACAACUAAGGCUGGAUUAUUCUUCCAGUCUUUUGGCUGUGCGGGGCCUGAUGGAUUGGCUGUUGAUGAAGAGGGGAAUCUAUUCAUAUGUCAUCCGAGUCUAGGUUCGGUGUUUGUUGUAGAUGCAGACGGGAUUCCGAAAGCAAGAAUUGCGACCGCCCGAGGAGGAGGUAAAAACUUGACUAAUUGUACUUUUGGAGGACCAGAUGGCAAGACCUUGUUUAUCACGGACAGUAUGGAGGGAAAUGUGCAAUAUGUGCAGUGGCAUUGUAGGGGAGUUCCCGAAGCAAAGAUGGCGAAAACUAAAACAUGA